AGGCAAAACUCGCAGGACUAAAACGCAAGGAACAGGAAAGCAAGAACUGGAAGAAACAGCCAAUCUACAGAGCAAGCCAGCACACCGUUUUCUCAUACGGUUGGCCCCGGAAUUAGGCGUGCCUCGGUUGCUUCCUAGCCGCCUGAUUAAUCUUUCCCUCCCCCCUGAGAUUGGUUGGAGGAACAGCCAAAAUUGGGCGUCCAUUACAAGUAACUUGUUUUAGUUUUUCGAGUUCCUGGGUGAACAAGGCGAGUUGGCUUGGUUGGUUUGCUUCAGGUUACAAGUGGCUUGACUUUUCCAAGGAAAAUUUCCAACCUGUAGCCUGUAGGGAUUGUUCUGUUUCUGGGACCAGCCCAUCUGGAGCUUGCUCCUAGUUCAACCUCUUAGCCUGAAACCAGAGCAAGAGGCAAUUUCGCCUUAAUUGGUUUUAGUUAUCUUGUUUAGGCUCAGGUUAAUAGUGGGAUAUGAUGAAGCUAAAAAGUAGAAGACUGCCAUUUUAUAAGGAUGGUCAUCCAGAUUUGGUUGCUCAAGUGAAGUCUGCAGCCAAGAACAUGAAGGAAGAAGGUACUAAGCCUCAUCAACCAAUUCAGCUCAGAAGUAGAUGGGUUCUUGGUGAUGUAACUGAGGUGUUAGAUCAAGAUUCAUGGAGGCUUGGGAAGAUUACAGAGGUGCUGACGAAUGACUAUUUUGCCAUCAGGCUAGUGGGCUUCAUCCAACCAAGGGAAUUCCACAUAUCUUGUUUGAGGAUUCCACAUGCUUAUCAUAGCAAGCAGUUGACUGGAGAAGACAGGGUUUCUGAGCUGAGUAAACCGGUCCGACUUGCUGGUAACUCCUCACAAUACUCAAAAUUUGUGAUGGAACAGGAUAUUCAAACCUAUGAAGAGGAUGAUUACAAUACUAGGAGGAAAGCAACCAAUGUUUGUGCUUCGACUAGUGCUAGAGCUGUGAAGAGAAAACUAGAAGAAAGUAAGAUGCCACCAAACGAUUUAGUUAAAAGAACAGGCAAGAAACAGAAAGUAGCUGCAUAUGAAGUUCGUCAGCUAACCAAGAAUGUGUUGCCUCUGAAGAUGUCUGAUAGGAAUGAAAUCGAUGACAAUAGCUUUUAUAGGCCUUUUAGUGGCAGAUGCAAUGAUCUCGCUAAGAACAACAAUGCCAAGAGAAAACCAGAUUGCAAAGUUCUUCCUUCCUCUGAAAUACCCUUGCACAUCAGAGAAGCGAAUGAGUGCUCAGUGGCUAGUUGCAGCGUUAAUUAUUUGGAAUAUUGCACCAGUAAUGAGGAACAAUCAGUCAGAAUCCGCAGCUGCUUCCCUGAUGAUGCCAUGUCUGCAUGUCCAUCUAUGUCUGCACAGGAGAAUAACAAUGUCUAUGGCUACGGUUUACAUAUGAAUGUACAUGAGCUAGAGCUGCAAGCAUAUCAAUCAACAGUAAGAGCUUUACAUGCCGCGGGGCCACUGACAUGGGAGCAAGAGUCACUACUCACUAACCUGCGCCUCUCGCUGAACAUCUCAAAUGAGGAGCACUUGCUUCAGUUGAAGCAUCUCUUGUCUCUCUGAAAAUUUAAAAACUAAAAUACUUUUUGUGUAUCUCUGGACUGCCCCCAACUUGUAGAGAUCUCCACAGCUUUGUAGAGCUUUCCUUCUACUUUUAUGGCAGUGUAUAUAUAGAAGACUGAAGAGAAAUUUACCUAUAGUUGUCAGGACUCAGGAGUAAAUGGAAUUAGUGCUUUCAGGGUAAUGGAGAGCUAUCAUCAAAUUUUCUUUACCUAUGUUGAUAGUCGAGGUUGAAAUACUAGUUUCUUUUUUAUUGAUGAAGUUGAAAUAUUAGUUGCAAUUACUGAUUUCACCCAUGCCAUCUUUUCUUUGGUAUCACUGUACAUUGGUGGCUGUAAUGAUUCAUCAUUGAUAGGUCCUGCUUCAGAUAUAUCCUACGGGCAAUCUUGUCAGGUUAAUAUCUGAUUCAGAAGAACCAACCAGAAAUUGAUUCUUUUUUCUUAUAUAAGAGUAUAAAGUGUAAAGUGUUUUUGAAAACUAAAGUGUAAAGUUCUUGAAGACUAUUUUACUAGUUUUGUACUGAUGAAGCUGCUAAUUUUUUAACUUCAUAUGCUGUGGUUGAACACAUAUUUCUUUCCAGGGGCUGAAUACUACAUCAUGAGAAAAAGAUUGCUGCAAGACACGGUGCACUGAAGCCUAAAUCCCAGAUGCUUGGGUCCCUUUCUCUCACAUCAUACUAAAGGCAUGUCUGGAUUUAUAGGUGCUAUCAAGCGGUGGUCCAUGUCACUUUCACCUUCUAUGAAUGAAUUGUAAUAAGAUUGAGCGCAUCAUCUUGGACUAAAUGUGUCCAUGUCCUCUUGAAGUUCAGAUUUUGUACAUAUGCCCCCGUGCGGACUAUUUUCCAUAUUCGUUGAGAAAGUAUGUAAACAUUUUUCUUUUUUGCAUUAUGUGAUUUCCCUCAAAAAUUUCUUGAA